GACACAGGGCUAAAAACACACAGGCAUCUAAACUAAACCCCGCCAGGAGACGUGAGACGUGCUGUUGUCCUGCGUCCCCGUGUGACCGGUGACAUGGAUGUCCGACGCGGGCUGUAGGCUCCUGCUGCGGGACUGAAGGAUGGGCCCAGCGUCCUCGUACCUGAGGAGAUGUCUCUGGGUCGGCUGCUGCGGCGUGCCUCCUCCAAGGCCUCGGACCUCCUGACCUUUAACCCAGGGGCAGGAGGCUCAACGUUGCGCUCGGGGCUUGAUGGCGAGAUCAUCUUCUCCAAAAAUAAUGUUUGUGUGCAUCCUGCAGAGCCUGUGCCAGGUCUGGCUGAGCACCACCCAGGUUAUCUGUGCAUACAUGUGGAGAAGGACGAAAGCCUUGGCUCCACUCUGAUACUGACCUGGGUACCAAAUUCCCGCAUCCAGAGGCAGGACGAGGAGGCUCUGCGCUUUAUCACCCCUGAGAGCUCGCCUGUCCGGAGAAAUGCACGUCGACGAGGCAGACGGUGGGGAAGGACAUUUUCUAAAAAAGCUCACUCCCGUCCUCCAGCAGCCCAGGAGGAAGAUGUAGAUGAAGAGAGGAAUAUAACCAGCAGCACCUCCACAGACAGUCAGAGUCUGGUGCUGGAGUCCGUAGCUGACGCCUCGCUGUACCAGCAGCAGCUUCCCUCAGCUUCAGAGGAGGGAGACGAGGGCUCCUGCGAGCUGUCAGACGAAGUGAGCAGAGACAGCACCAUGGGCUCUGACUCCGACACCUUCUCCUCUCCUUUCUGCUUGUCCCCCGUCAGUGAGGCCCUCUGUGAAAGCAGUGGUUCUGUCUUCUUGGAUUGUGAUAGCAGAGAGCUGGGCGAGGAGACCAUGACCCACUCCGCCAGCUCUGCCUCCAGCCUGGACAGCCACGCUCUGUCCGAGAGCUGCUGCCAGUCGCAGGGUGUGCGGUGGGAGGAGCAGCAGAAGGUGCUGGCCCUGGAGCAGUUGUGCGGCGUUUUUAGGGUGGACCUGGGUCACAUGAGGUCACUGAGACUCUUCUUCAGUGAUGAUGCCUGUACCAGUGGCCAGCUGGUGAUAGCGAGCAGAGAGAGCCAGUAUAAAAUCCUCCACUUCCACCAUGCUGGACUGGAUAAACUGGCUGAAGUCUUUCAUCAGUGGAAAUGCUGCAGGGAAACUCACCGCAAAGACCAGGUGUCAGAGGAGAAAUCCUGUAUGCAGUUUUCCAUUCAGAGACCCACACUGCCAUCGACAGAAACACAUCCAGAGGAGAGGCUUUAUCGGCGGCUGGAUGUCACCACUUGGCUGCACCAUCUCAACCAGAACGGGCAGGUGGAGGAGGAGUAUAAGCUACGGAAGGCCAUCUUCUUCGGUGGUAUUGACCCAUCCAUCCGCGGUGAGGUGUGGCCCUUCCUGCUGCACUACUACAGCUACGACUCCACUUCACAGGAGAGGGAGACGUGGAGACUGCAGAAACGAGGCCACUAUCAUGACAUCCAGCAGAGAAGGUUGUCAAUGAGUCCAGAGGAGCACAGUGAGUUCUGGAGGAAGGUCCAGUUCACUGUAGACAAAGAUGUGGUGAGAACAGAUCGCAGCAACCUCUUCUUCAGAGGAGAGAACAACCCCAACGUGGAGAUCAUGAGGCGGAUUCUGCUCAACUAUGCAGUCUUUAAUCCAGACAUGGGCUACUGCCAGGGCAUGUCUGACCUGGUGGCCCCCCUGCUCACGGAGAUCCAGGAUGAAAGCGACACCUUCUGGUGCUUUGUCGGCCUAAUGGAGAACACCAUCUUCAUCAGCUCACCUCGGGAUGAGGACAUGGAGAGGCAGCUGAUGUACCUGCGGGAGCUGCUGCGUCUCAUGCUGCCCCGCUUUCACCAGCACCUGACCGUGCUGGGAGAAGAUGGUCUGCAGCUGCUCUUCUGCCACCGCUGGAUUCUGCUCUGUUUUAAACGAGAGUUUCCUGACACGGAGGCUCUGCGUAUGUGGGAGGCCUGCUGGGCUCACUACCAGACGGACUAUUUCCACCUGUUCCUGUGUGUGGCCAUCAUCGUUCUCUACGGGGAGGAUGUGACGGAGCAGCAGCUCGCCACCGACCAAAUGCUGCUUCAUUUUAGCAACCUCUCCAUGCACAUGAACGGAGAACUUGUGCUGCGUAAGGCCCGCAGCCUUCUCUACCAAUUCCGUCUCCUACCCAGGAUUCCGUGCAGCUUACACGACCUCUGUAAACUGUGUGGUCCGGGGAUGUGGGACAGCCGCUACAUCCCCACCGUGGAGUGUUCAGGAGAACACCCGGACUCUCAGAGCUGCCCCUAUGGAGGCAUGUCCACCCCUCAGCCGUCCUCCCCCUCACCGUCAUCCACACCCUCACCUUCACCAAAGCCCAUUCCCACGUCUCUGGUGGAGGGCAAGAAAGGAUCCAAAGCCAGGGAUAUUUUCACCUUCCGUAAACACACCUGAGCAGGAUCUCAGCAGGAUUUUGUGCUUGAGGAGUCCUCUGACCUCUCAGUCCACUGUUACUGCUUCCUGCGUCUUGGGAUGAUUUUUCACACUUGAACCAAUCCUUUGGUGCAUUGUGAGACAGUCCCAUUUUUUAACCAUAGUGUUACUUCAGACAUUUGACUGAACCUGUCGCGAGGAUCACGAUGAGAAGCUGUUUUUUUUUUCUGCGGGCAGAGCAGACAAUCACCGGCCGCCGUGGAGCCUCUUCGGGUUUUUCGUCUGCUGCUGGUCUGGCUGGCAUUCCCGCGUGGGCUUUGUGGGCAGGGGUCACACAAGGGUCCCAGGCGGCCAGCUCGACUCCAAAACCACGGGUCAAACGCAACUAAAAGAUCCUUUCAUAAGACUUGAACUGGAACUGUAAAAAAUGUUACUGUGUUCUCACAAUGGGAUGUUUGUUUUCAUAUCAAACUCUAUGAGCAUUCCUGGUGUUUGAACCAGAGCAUUUUUUACAGGGAGAAAUUUGAAAAAAACAAAAAAAUAACCAAAACGCUUGUUUUAGGUUCAUUAGAAAUUGCUGGUACAUUUCAGUUUUAAAUUUUUAUUAAAAAUGUUUUUUUUUCAAUUUCCAACAGGAUGUUUGCCUUUAAAUCGAUGGUUAAAAGAUAUUUAGCAAUAUUAUAUCCCUGCAUGAGAGUUUCUGUCCGUAUAGAGGCGACAAUAUAUCUGUUAGAAAGUCCAACUGAGACAGAAAUACAUUUACAUGUGGACACAUUGACGGGGUCCGCACAUUUCAUCAUCCCAAUGUGAUGGAAAUCACUCUGUGGUUUAUUUUUAUCUGUUAAAGUGGCAGGGUUUUUUUUUUCUCUGACAAACAGCAGGAAGCUGACCAUAUGCUCUUCUUCUGAUAAACUCAUAUGCAGAAUCACUUUUAAUGUCUAUGAAAACAAAGGAGAGUCUGUCACAGUGAGCACAGACCAGGUUUGUUUUUUGUCGUUUUUUGAGGACAUUCUGUUUUACUUGAAAAUUUUCCUUUUUAAAAAAAAAUCAUUUCUAAGCAGGGUAUUGAAAAAAUCGUAAACACAGUGUUGUUUUGUUUCCUCUCUCACUCUCUUACCAGGAAAAUGAAUGAUGAGCAACUAUGAACACUUAAAGUCCACAGGAAUGUAUCUGUUUUCUGUGUCUUUUUCACUUCUAGGGAAGCGAGAAACACUGCUUGUGCGAAUGUAUGUGUGUGUGUAUAAACUGGAGUGACCUCUAAACAUCUGGUAAUGAGUUGGAGAGCAGGCGUAGAAGGCCUCCCCUCUGACCAGUCUCUUUAAUUAUAGCAGUCAUCAUGGUUGAGACGCAGGGAGAGG